CAGGGACCACAUCAGCUCCCCAUUCCCCUGUUUGGAAUUCCCCCCAUUUUCAGGAAACCAGGAGGUCAGGUUCAGCCAUCUCUCUCUUGCUCCGCACUUGGAAUAAGGGAAUAUGGGGGCUGGAGCCAGUGCUGAAGAGAAGCACUCUCGGGAGUUAGAAAAGAAACUAAAGGAAGAUGCAGACAAAGAUGCAAGGACUGUCAAACUGCUCCUCUUGGGAGCUGGUGAGUCUGGAAAAAGCACCAUUGUAAAACAGAUGAAAAUUAUUCAUCAGGAUGGGUACUCGCUUGAGGAAUGCUUAGAGUUUAUUUCAAUUAUUAAUGGAAACACACUACAGUCCAUGCUUGCUAUUGUGAAAGCCAUGAAUACACUCAACAUCCAGUAUGGGGACGCAGCAAGGCAGGAUGAUUCUCGGAAGCUCUUGCACCUGGCAGAUACCAUUGAUGAAGGCACCAUGCCAAAGGAGAUGUCUGAUAUCAUUGGACGCCUAUGGAAAGACACGGGUAUCCAGGCAUGCUUUGAUCGUGCAUCUGAAUAUCAGCUCAAUGACUCAGCUGGAUAUUACUUGAAUGACUUGGAGAGGCUGGCGGCUCCUGGGUAUGUCCCAACUGAGCAGGAUGUGCUGAGAUCUCGAGUGAAAACCACAGGUAUCAUUGAGACACAGUUUGGCUUCAAGGAUCUCAACUUUAGGAUGUUUGAUGUGGGGGGCCAGCGCUCUGAACGUAAGAAGUGGAUCCAUUGCUUUGAGGGCGUAACCUGCAUCAUCUUUAUUGCUGCACUGAGUGCAUACGACAUGGUUUUGGUUGAGGAUGAUGAAGUGAAUCGUAUGCAUGAAAGUCUGCACCUUUUUAAUAGUAUCUGCAACCAUCGUUACUUCGCCAAAACGUCCAUCAUACUCUUUCUUAAUAAGAAGGAUGUUUUCACAGAGAAGAUCAAGAAGGCCCACCUGAGCAUCUGCUUCCCAGACUAUGAUGGGCCCAACACAUAUGAGGAUGCUGGGAGUUACAUCAAGACACAGUUCCUGGAACUGAAUAUUCGACGAGAUGUCAAAGAGAUUUACAGUCACAUGACUUGCGCUACCGACACAGAGAACGUUAAGUUUGUGUUUGAUGCAGUCACAGACAUUAUCAUCAAGGAGAAUUUGAAGGACUGUGGCCUGUUCUAAGGAGAAGGCUACGGAAUUUACCAUGGUGACUCUAUCCUGAGCCCUUUACCCCAUCACCCAAUGGUGAGCAACUCAUCGAUGGAGCAUUGCUGCUACCCUUGUGGGACCCCCAUCUCCAGCUGACAGAGGAGUGACACCAGCCUAUUGUAUACAGUUCCUUCACACCCAUUUAAAGGAACCCUAAGCACCCAUAGAGGACCCAUGACAUGGUUUUAAAAAGCCAAACAAAUUAUAUUUUAGAGAACUAAGUAAAGGAAAUUAAAGCACUGGAUAUAAACAAGACCUCAGCGAAGGAGAACUUUUAUAGGUUCAAAAUUGAAAAUGAAACGGUUCCUCCAUUUCAUAGAACCCCUUUCUCUGUCAGAGAUGUCUAUAAUGUUUCCCAACUACUGGCGAGGGCUAACUGGCUGCAUCUUAUAAGAGAUAUUCCAGAUGCAGGUAUCACUUUGACUCAGUCUAGUAGUUGUGCAGCUGUAGGUUAUGGUGGGGUGAAGGGCUGAGGUUUUAGGAAUGUAGUGGUUAAAGGAGCAUAUCAGAGUGGGAAGAAUUGCCAGUCUGUUUAUAAUUCAAUUUUUUUUAGCAGACAGGAGAACUUCCCCAGAUGUGAACCUUUAAUUCUCACUUUGGGCAGUAUUUGGCAUUGGAAGAUGGGGCUCAGUUCUUGGAGAGAAGCUCACUUUCAUUUCUGCCCCACUUUCAUAGAAAUUUAUGUUUUACCCCUUCUUUUACACAAACGUCAUAUUUAUCACUUUACAGAUGUGCCCAGCUGUAAUCCCAUGGCUAUAUCACCCAGGCUUUAAUAAAAAGAGGCCUAAUAUAAUGUACAUAAAUAUAUAUGUAGAGGUGUCCAUAAUGUGAUGAGAUGCUUUCUUUCAAGCCAAUGGGGAGGCAUUUUCCUCGGGAAUCUGCUAUGUUUGUCCAGCCACAGUUAACUGAAAAGCAGCACAAACAGCCUUGUUGCAAUGUUGAGUAUAUUGUCAGUAUAUGGAUAUCUUUACUUAUAUAUAUAUAUUUAUUCCAACCCUAAAAGAACAUCUUAUAUUUUAACAGCUUCUCCAAGAAAAUAAAAAAAAUCCCACAUUUACAUUGAAUGCAUCUGCAGAUCAGUAAGAGGGGAUGGCACCUUUUGCUAUUUCUGUAGGGUUUCAGUACUAAAUGCAUUUAAUUUUGUUUUGUAACUUUUCCCUGUGCUCCUACUUAUCCUUCACUUUUCCCAUCCACAGUUGUACAGAUAGAAUGUAGCAGGCUUUCGAUACAUUAAAUGCCGUUGUUAGGCGGAAUGAUGUCA